AGCCUAAUUCAGUGCUGACUGUGUCCUGAUGAAGUGUCGGUGGCAGAAGAGGGAGGAGGAAACCAGAGAGAGAGAGAGAGAGAGAGAGAGAGAGAGAGAGGAAGGAAACGAGGAUAACGUCACGAGAAGCAGAGUCGGAGUAAAAAAAGAAAAAAAAAACCCGGACCGAGCGGUGUUUUAAUGGACAGUCCUUGAUGCGGGCCGGGACACCGAGCUGGGCUCAACCAUCGUGUUUGUUUACGCGGACGAAUAUGUUUUUGUUGACUCGCCUGGUGUGAAAAAAAAGACAAGAGGAAAGGAAAGAGACGAAGAGAAGAGAAGAGAGGAGCAGAGAAGAGAGGAGCAGAGACGGCAGCAGCAGCAGCAGCAGCAGCAGAUCUCAUCUUUUUUCAGGAGCUCCGCUAAAGCAGAGAAAUGGAAAUGUGCGGAGCCCUCCUCCUCCUCCUCCACCUCCUCCUCCGUUCGCCUGUUUGCUGAAGGAUUUUUUGGAGGCAAGCCUUCAUCGUGACACACGGAGCCUGAAGUGGAUCUCCUCCUGCUGCAUCUCUUUCCCCCUUUGUGUGUGUGUGUGUGUGUGUGUGUGUGUGUGUUUUUCUUUUCUUUUUUUCCCCCCUUGUUCUCAAUGCGUGAAAAAGACACAUAGUGGGAUUUUUCUUCUUUUUUUCCCCUCUUUCUUUUUUUGGUUGGUGUGAUUUGGAGACGUUGCCUUCAGGAGGAGAGAGAGAGACAGAAAGAGAGAGAGAGGGAGAGAGGAAAAAAGGAGGACAAAAAAAAAGGGAAGGAGCCAAAAUCAUCGGGAGAAUUAACAGGCUUGGACAAAUCCAAAAUGAGUGAGCUGGAGCAGCUUCGUCAGGAGGCCGAGCAGCUAAGGAACCAGAUUAGAGAUGCCAGGAAAGCAUGCGGGGAUUCAACCCUGACACAGAUUACUGCUGGCUUGGAUCCUGUGGGGAGGAUUCAGAUGAGGACAAGACGCACCCUCCGGGGCCACCUCGCUAAGAUCUACGCCAUGCACUGGGGUACAGACUCAAGGCUUCUGGUUAGCGCCUCUCAAGAUGGAAAACUGAUCGUCUGGGACAGCUACACCACUAACAAGAUACACGCCAUCCCCCUGCGCUCCUCCUGGGUGAUGACCUGCGCAUACGCCCCCUCUGGGAACUACGUAGCCUGCGGAGGCCUCGAUAAUAUCUGCUCCAUCUACUGCUUGAAGACUCGCGAGGGCAACGUCAGGGUCAGCAGGGAACUACCUGGCCACACAGGUUACCUGUCAUGUUGCCGCUUCAUCGAUGACAAUCAAAUCAUCACGAGUUCAGGAGACACCACAUGUGCACUGUGGGACAUCGAGACAAGUCAGCAGACUACAGUUUUCUCGGGCCACAGCGGCGACGUCAUGAGUCUGUCCCUGUCGCCCGACCUCCGCACCUUUGUGUCGGGAGCCUGCGACGCCUCGGUCAAGCUGUGGGACAUCAGGGACAGCAUGUGCCGGCAGACCUUCACAGGCCACGAGUCGGACAUCAACGCCAUCUGUUUCUUCCCCAAUGGCAGCGCCUUCGCCACAGGCUCCGACGACGCCACCUGCAGGCUGUUUGACCUACGUGCAGACCAGGAGCUCAGCCUCUACUGCCAUGACAACAUCAUCUGCGGCAUCACCUCCGUGGCUUUCUCACGCUCCGGCCGCCUGCUGCUGGCCGGUUACGACGACUUCAACUGCAACAUCUGGGAUGCCAUGAAGGGAGACAGAGCAGGAGUCCUGGCCGGCCAUGACAAUCGUGUGAGCUGUCUGGGCGUGACGGAUGACGGCAUGGCGGUGUCCACCGGGUCCUGGGAUAGCUUCCUUAAGAUCUGGAACUGAGCCAUGCACAUAAAACCACAAACACACAUGCACACACACACACACACACACACACACACACACACACGCGCGUCCGACAGACAGACACCGCUCCCAUCUUGGGCCACAGUUUGCACCCUGUAUUCACUGUAUGUAAGAUUCAACAGACAAACUGCAACAUUGUACUGUACAUAAUAUAUAUGACUUAGGUAUGAGUUCACACACACACACACACACACACGCACACACACACACACAUGCUGUAUGCAGGACAAGACGACACAAGCUGAACACAUGCACACACUACCUACAGCUGAUUUAAGUGCACAGCAGCGAGCCUACAGUACACACACACACACGCACACACACGCACGCAAACACAUGCACGCAAACACACACGCACACAUGAUCUGUCAAAUGUAAAAAUGUGACCAAAUACAGUUGGAUCUUCAGCUGCUCAAAUAAAAAAAAAACACACACACACACACACACAAAAAUGCCACUAUAACCUAAAGCCUUUUAACACGUCUAACACACACGCACGCACGCACGCACAUAUGCACACACACACACACACACACACACACACACACACACACACACACACACACUUUUUCCUGAGAGACACUGCUCCUCGAGUUAAAACAGGGGAGGGAAGACGUUAUUGGACAAUUCUGUCUUUGUUUACAAUGAAGUCCAAAAUGCACUUCAGACAAAUAUUUCUGUACUAUUUUUGUCUCGGUACCACACAUAUCUCAGUGAUGCUAAUGUGAAAGGAAGAGCGGCCGCUGAAGAGAAUCAUGUGAGUCCAUUAAUACUGAAAAACAAAUAACCACUGACAGGCAGGAUGGACCGCUGAUGGACAGAGUCGGAGGAAAAUAUCAGCUCUUAUUUUCGUCUGGCUCCACACAUCAUGCAGUCACUGUUUUUAUAGAUACGUACCCCCGCAUACAGUUCAGUGCAUCUGUUCUUAAGCUUUGGUUUGAUUCAGUUUUUUACACUUAUUUUAUUCAUGUUUCUCCCUGUGUGCCUCAGAUACACUUUAAGGAUUAUUAAUAGAGAAUAUUGAUGAAGUAAAAUUAACAACAACAAAAAAAACAACAAAAAAAACAAACAAUUAAAAUGAAGAAUCUGAGAUCCAGGAGGUCGGGUGGAAAAUAAAAGCAUUAUAAGACACAUCUUAAUGAAGCAGGAGCCAGCAUUCAUACUUUGACUCUGUCGAUGUAUUAUCUGGACAUUACAAUGGUAUAAUUGUACAUAAUAUUAAUAAAUAAUAGCCUCUCCUGCCA